UACAAACGAGCUGCAAUCUGUGAUUUCCGCACUUCAACUGCAUCGCAUACCGAGUGCAAUUCCGGUCAGUAGGAGGUCUGUGCUCGCUAUCAUUGUGGCUAAGUAGUCGCCAUUGCCAAUUCAAUUAUAUUAGUAACAUCGGCGCCUGCGCCGCCAGUCUCGCCGCCUUGUUUUUUGUGCAAAGGCCGCAAUAAGUUGAGACUGCCAGUUUAAGAGCACAAGUGACAACAUGGGGACAAAUAAAGCAACAAAGAAAAUGGCGAAGAGGGGGCAUUUGAAGAACGCCAUUCAUACGCGACGGAAACACAAGCGGAUUUCAGGCCGCCGAGGGCCGCCGAGCCAAAAGAGCGGCAGGCGUGGGGAAGUCGUCAAAGCUGGAGAUGAGUUUCGCAAGGACAAGGCGGACGCCAAGAAGGGCGCCUUCGACGACAUGGACGCCGAGGAGUUCCUGCAGGGCGGCUUUGAGGAUGAUGAUUUUGAGGACGGCGACGGCGACGUGGCGGGCAGCGGCAGCGAUGACGACAUUGACGACGAGGACCUUGAUGAGCUGGAGGGCGGCUCGGGUGGCGAGGACGAUGAGGAGGACGGCGAUGAGGAUGAUGAUGAGGAGGAUGGCGACUUGGAUGGGGAGGAGGAGGCGGAGGAGGAGCAGGCGGAGGACGAGGAGGCGGAGGAGGAGGAGGAGGCUGCGGCGGCUGCCGCGGGUGAUGCAGUGGCGCAGGACAACAAGCGGCUUCGCGGCGAGAUCUCCAAGCACAAGGCCCAGCUCGAGGCCCUGAAGGAGAAGGACCCCGAGUUCUACAAGUACCUGCAGGAGGCGGAUGCUGAGCUGCUGGGCUUUGGCGACGGGGAGGAGGAGGACGAGGAUGAUGAGGAGGAGGACGAGGAUGAUGAGGAUGAGGACGAGGAGGAGGACGAGGAGGCCGGGGCCAAGAAGAAAGCGAAGAAGGACGCUAAGAAGUCCAAGAAGGCGGCUGAGGAGGACGAGGAGGAGGAGGAUGAGCAGGAGGGCGGCUCGGAGGACGCGGAUGAGCAGCCGGGCACGUCCGGCCGCAUCGACGUGACUUCGGCGCUGGUCGCCAAGUGGUGUGCCGCCGCACUGGGGCAGGCGCCCGAGCCCGGCAAGAAGAAGAAGAACAAGCAGGGCAAGGGCGGUGCCGACGAGGCCGCCGGCGCCCCGGGCGCACCCGCUCUGGGCUCGUUCGGGUACCUAAUCAGGGCGUACCGCCUGGCCUGCCACUACGGCGACCCCUCAGAGGACGCGGAGGAGGGCCGGCUGCGCAUCACCAGCAGCACCGUGUACAACACAGUCAUGCUGUUCAUGCUGCGGGAGGCCGACGGCAUCUUCCGCCGCCUGCUGGGCCUGCCCGCGCACGGCCCCGCUGCCGACCCGCAGCAGCAGCCAAAGCAGCAGCACGGCGGCAAGGGCAAGAAGCAGGCGGACGUGGCCAAGAACCCCCGGUGGCGGAAAGUGGGUCCCCUGGUCAAAUCCUUCUGGGGAAACUCCAUCCACCUGCUGGGCAGCGUGACGGACCCGGCGCUGCUGGCCUUCACGCUGCGGCGGCUGCGCGCCAGCGUGUCCCUGCUCGCGCCCUUCCCGCGCCUGCGCGACCGCUUCGUGCGCGCCUGCCUGGGCGUGUUCGGUGGCGGCGAGGUGGCGCCGCGACUGCAGGCGUUCCUGGCACUGCGCGCGGCGGCGGUGGAGCUGCCUGCGCCGGCGCUGGACAACGUGCUCAAGGGCGUGUACCGCACCUACGUGUCCAACGCCAAGUUUGUGAGCUCCGCCUCCGCGCCGCACAUCGCCUUCAUGUCCACGUGCAUCGUGGAGCUGUGGGGGCUGGACAUGGCGGCCUCCUACCAGCACGCCUUCACCGCUGUGCGGCAGCUGGCGGCGCUGAUGCGCACCGCGCUGAGCUCCAAGUCGGCGGACAGCUACAAGGCCGUGUACUGCUGGCAGACCGUCAACUGCAUGGAGCUGUGGGCCAAGGUCCUGGGCGCCCACAGCGACCGCGCCGAGCUGAAGCCGCUGGUGUACCCGGUGGUGCAGCUGCUGCUGGGGGCGGCGCGGCUGGUGCCCACGCCGCGCUACUUCCCUCUGCGGCUGCGGCUGGCCCGUGCGCUCAACCGCCUGGCCGCCCAGUCGGGUGUGUUCAUACCGGUGGGGCCCCUGGCAGUGGAGGCGCUGGGCUGGGCCGACCUGCGCCGCCCGCCCGGAGGAGGCGGCGGUGGCGGCAAGGGCGGCAAGGGCGCCUCCGCGCUGGGCGCCGACGGCUGCCCCGACCUGAGCCUGCAGCUCAAGCUGGGCAAGGCCCUGCUGCGGUCCAGUGCGGUGCAGGAGGAGGUGGUCACGCAGCUGCUGGAGGUGGUGGCCGACCACCUGGCCUGCUGGGCCUGCUCCAUCGCCUUUCCGGAGCUGGCGCACGUGCCGCUGCUGGCGCUGAGGCGGUUCGCCAAGGCCUGCCCCGUGGAGCGGUUCAGGCGCUCGGCCAAGGCGCUGGUGGAGGCUGUGCAGCGCAACGUGGUGUGGGUGGGCGCGGCACGGGACCGCGUGGACUUCGGGCCCAAGGACACUGCCAAGGUGCAGAACUUCCUGCGUGAUGAGCGCGAGGCCGGCCGUGCGCCGCUGCAGCAGUACGCCGCGGCACUGGCGGCACGUGCGGCGCAGCGGGCGGCUCUGCGCAAGACGGACGAGGUGGGCGGCGGCGGCGACAGCGACAGCGAUGAGGAGGCCGGCGGCCGCGGGGCCAAGGGCAAGAAGCGCGCGCGCGGCGGCGACAGCGAGGACGGAGAUGAGGGGGAGGAGGAGGACGAUGAGGAGGACGACAUGGAGGAGGAUGAGGAGGACGAGGAUGAGGACGAGGAGGAGGCGGCGGGCAAGGGCAAGGGCAAGGCGGCGAAGCGGCCUCGCACUUCGGACAGCGAGGACGGAGACGCCGACGGCCUCGCACUGGGUGACGUCGACGGCGAUGAUGGGGACAUCCUGGCGGACUACGUGCCGUCAGACGACGACUCGGCCGACGACGUCGUGGAGGGCGAGGCGGGCAGCAGCGAGGAGGGAGAGGAGGACGACGAGGACGGGGGCGAGGAGGAGGAGAGCAGCGGGGAUGACGAGCCGCGCGGGGGGCUGAGCGGUAGUGAGGACGGCAUGGAGGAGGAUGACGAGGACGACGAGGAUGAGGGCGGUCGCGGCGGCCGCGGGCGUGGAGGGCGUGGAGGGCGCGGCGGGCGCGGUGGGCGCGAUGGCGGCGGUCGGGGUGGGGGCCGCAGCUACGGCGGUCGCGGGGGCGGAGGCCGGGAUGGCGGCCGCGGCCGCGGGGGCCGGGGCCGGGGCGGUGGCCGGGGCGGGGACCGGGGUGGCCGUGGGCGUGGUGGCCGCGGCGGGCGGCGGUAGAGAGUUGUGUUGCAUUGUGAGAUGGUUUGAUGGCAGCGGGUGGCAAAAGGGGGUGCAUGCGUUGUUGAGGGGAUAAAGAAGGCGUCGGAGAUGCAGUUUGCCCAGUAACAGGGUACGGUACGCCUAGUGGCUGAUAGGCUGAGCAGGCGAGUGACAAUCCGCUGGCGAGGGCUGUAACUUAGACAGGAG